UCAUCCUGAUUGACCUUAGUACCUCUGGAGUGCUCGUUAAUGAUUUUUAUCCAUAUCAUUUAAAAAUUUUACUGUUCAUAAUCAGACGUAUUAAAUCAUGAGUGAAUCAGUGAAACCAAUUAAUGUUGUGGUUACGGGAGCUGCAGGGCAAAUUGCCUAUUCCCUAUUGUACCAGCUUGCAGCUGGUACAGUUUUUGGCCCAAAUCAACCUAUUAAUCUUCAUUUAUUAGAUAUUCCAGUUAUGAUGAAAGUAUUGGAAGGAGUAGUUAUGGAAUUACAAGAUUUAGCACUUUCACUUUUAAGAGAGGUUGUUCCUACAGCUGAUCCAGCUGUAGCCUUCAAAGAUGUAGCUGCAGCUUUUCUUGUUGGGGCAAUGCCCCGAAAAGAAGGAAUGGAAAGGAAAGAUCUAUUAGCUGCUAAUGUAGAAAUUUUUAAAGUUCAAGGAGAAGCUCUAGACAAAUAUGCCCGAAAAGAUGUUAAAAUUUUAGUUGUUGGCAAUCCUGCUAAUACAAAUGCUUUAAUUUGUUCUCAUUAUGCACCAUCUAUUCCAAAAGAAAAUUUUACUGCUUUAAUAAAUAAUAUAAUAUUUGUGAAUAGGUUGAAAGUAAAAAAUGUUAUUAUUUGGGGUAAUCACAGUUCAACUCAAUACCCUGAUGCUGCACAUGCUACUGUGAUGCUUCAAGGUUCCAAAAAGUCAGUACCUUCAGCUGUAAAUAAUGAAAACUGGUUGAAUACUACCUUUGUGGAAACAAUUCAAAAACGUGGUGCAGCAGUAAUAGCUGCCAGAAAGAUGUCAUCUGCAAUGUCAGCUGCUAAAGCAGCUGGAGAUCACAUGAGAGAUUGGUGGAUGGGUACCCUACCUGGUGAAUAUGUCAGUAUGGGUGUGUUCUCUGAUGGCAGCUAUGGAAUUCCAAAGAAUGUUGUGUUCUCUCUCCCAGUUACUAUAACACCAAAUGGACAGUAUAAAAUUGUUCAAGGAUUACCGAUCAGUGACUUUGCAAGAUCAAAAUUAAAUGUUACAUCCAAUGAAUUGGAAGAGGAACGUGCAGAAGCAUAUAAAGUGCUACAAAAGAAGUGACUAGGAUCAGCAAAUUAUGAUUCUGAAAGUCGCUUACAUAUUCCGGCGAAAUUUUAAAAAAUAAAAUUAAAACUUUUGCAUGAUAUUACAAAUCGUAAUAUGUAAUAUAUAGACUAUGGUUGUCUGGUCAAACUUUAAAAAUGGCACCCAUCAGUCUAAUGUACCAUAUAAGUAUAUUGCUGAUCAUAUAUCAUACAGAAUCUACUGAGAUGUCUGUAUAUCUUUUCUAACUGGUAUAGGAAUUAUAUACGUUUAUAUUCAUAGACUGUAUAAAACAUGUAACAAAU